GAGAUACUGCGACAACCUGGGCUCCCGCCCCCUGAGCACAGCAAAUUUCGGGAAGAUCAUCCGGGAAAUCUUCCCCAACAUCAAGGCCCGGCGCCUGGGGGGCCGAGGACAGUCCAAGUACUGUUACGGGGGGAUCAGGAGGAAGACCGUGGUCAGCCUUCCUCCCCUGCCCAGCCUCGACCUCAAAGUCACUGAGACUCAGUCAGAGCUGUCAGAGCUGGUGCAGUCCUACCCCAGCGAGGUGAUGGAGGCCGCCUGCGCCCUGACCUGCGACUGGGCCGAGAAGAUCCUCAAACGCUCCUUCAACAACAUCGUGGAGGUGGCUCAGUUCCUGCUCCAGCAGCACAUCAUCAGCUCCCGCUCGGCCCACGCUGACCUGCUCAUGGCCAUGGUGGUCUCAG